AUGGGAAUUAUGCUCGGUGUCAUCCUGAUUGUAUGGUCUGGAUUAACUGCAGCUUUCGGCCUUUAUCUUCAAUCUCGAUGCGCGCGAUAUCUCGAACGAGGAACGGCCUCUUUCUUUGCCCUAUCGCAAAUCACCUAUCCCAACGCCGCGGUUAUCUUCGAUGCUGCAAUUGCGAUCAAGUGUUUUGGAGUUGGCGUAUCAUACAUGAUUAUUAUUGGGGACCUCAUGCCUGGUGUAGUGUUGGGCUUUUUGAGCAAUGCCAAUAGCGCUCCGUAUCUGGUUGAUCGUAACUUUUGGAUCACUGCGUUUAUGCUCAUUAUUAUCCCCCUCAGCUUCCUGCGGAGGUUGGACUCGCUAAAGUACACCAGCAUUGUUGCCCUGGUUUCUAUUGGAUAUCUUAUUGUGUUGGUGAUUUAUCACUUCGCAUCUGAUAAACAUGCCGAUCCAGGAAGUAUCAGAGUGAUUCAAUGGGGUGGAGCUGUCGAGACAUUGAGCGCUCUACCCGUUGUGGUCUUUGCUUAUACUUGCCACCAAAACAUGUUCUCUAUCCUGAACGAACUAAAGGACAACUCCCCUAGGAGUGUUGUUGGCGUUGUCGGUUCCAGCAUUGGCUCUGCCGCCUCCAUAUACAUUGUCGUGGCUAUCACUGGAUACCUUACUUUUGGAAAUGCCGUUGUUGGCAACAUUGUGUCUAUGUAUCCUACUGGAGCUGCUUCAACAAUUGGAAAGGCCGCCAUUGUUGUCCUCGUCACGUUCUCGGUCCCGUUGCAAGUGCAUCCUUGCCGAGCUUCAUUAGAUGCCGUCCUAAAAUGGCGACCAAACCGCAACUCGUCAAACAAUGGCCGAACUGCGGCGCCUCUCCUACCUACAGCUCCAGCUGGAGAUCACGGGAGCACUGCCCCAAUGUCCGACUUUCGUUUCGCAGUCAUCACCACUUUUAUCCUGACUUUUGCUUAUAUGACUGCUCUUUCAGUCACCAGUCUUGAUCGUGUCCUGGCCUUUGUUGGCAGUACAGGAUCGACUUCUAUCAGCUUCAUUCUUCCUGGCCUCUUCUACUACAAGAUCAGUAACCCGGAUAGCACCUACCAUCAACGAUUGGUCAAGGAAGAUGACGAUAUCGAUGGAGAUUCUUCCACUUCUGAUGUGGAAGACUCUGCUGCUCUGGCGCAGAGCACAACUAGCGUUCGCAGUGGUGUAAGCCUCGCUAGCAACGCAAGCACACACAGCAACCGAAACUCCUGGCGAUGGCGCCGUAAGUGGCGAUGGGACCUUGAACAUAUUGAACACCAUCACCUACGCAGAAUGGCACUUGGUCUCGCAAUAUAUGGAGCCGUUGUCAUGUCUGUGUGUCUUGCACUCAACAUUUUCUUUAUUGUCACUCAUUAA